AUGUCUUUGAGCAAGGUUGUCUCGGAAGUAUUCCAGGCCCUUUUCGAUAAGUUGCCUCCGCAGGUACAGCGAGUUAUACUUCUUCCAUCUGUCAGAAAGGGCCUGGCAUUUUUGGCCGCAUGGAAAACUCUCGGCGUCAUCAAUAGCUACAUUUCCUACCAAGCGCAGAACAACUGGAUUCGACUGGGUCCUUGGGAUCCUAGCAAAGAGAUCGUGGUUCUCACCGGUGGUUGCAGUGGGAUCGGAAAGCAGAUUCUGGAAGAUUUGACAAAGUUGAAAGUGAAAGUCAUCAUCUUAGACGUGCAAGAUCCAACUUUUGAACUGCCGUCAAAUACCUUCUUCUAUCGCGCUGAUAUCACAUCUUCUUCCGUUGUAAAGGAAGUUGGAGAUCAAAUUCGCAAAGAACAUGGCAACCCUACCAUUCUGAUUAACAACGCAGGUGUUGGGUCUGGAGACACCAUUCUGGAUAUGCCCGAAGAACGUAUCCGCCUUACUAUGGAGGUCAAUACUCUUUCUCACUAUUGGACGGUGAAAGAGUUCCUUCCAUCUAUGGUCCAGAACAAUCACGGCCACAUCAUCACCGUGGCAAGCAUCGCAAGCUUCGUUGCUAUUGGAGAGUUGGGUGCCUAUGCCGGUUCAAAGGCAGCCGCUCUUGCUUUCCACGAGACUCUCACUCAGGAACUGCGGCAUUGGUACAAGGCAGAGAAGGUCCGAACAAGUGUUAUUCAUCCCUUCUGGGUGCGGACACCCUUGAUUGACGGUCUCAUCAAGGCAGGCAAGCACUUCAAGGCCCCUAUUAUGAGCCCGAAGGACGUUUCGUCUGCUAUCGUCAAGCAGAUUGUCACCCAAAGUGGCGGUCAAGUCAUCAUCCCGAAAGGCCAUAGCUCGGCAUCAUUGCUUCGUGGUCUUCCCAGCUGGAUGCAAGAGCGAGUGAGAAACAAGGGCUCCUCGCAGCUCGUGAAGCUCCGCGAAUUGCAGGCGGCUUUUGCUGCUGAAAAAGCCACUGUGGCAUAG